CUCGCUUAAGUCGUCACGCUGGAGAUCUGAGUCUCUCUUGCGAUUGCCUUUAAAGCGGUCAUCUCCUCGUCCAUCAUGUCCGCCCCUCGACUCUUCUUCAAACUUCUUCACCUAGACCAUUCUACCUGGUAGCAGAGCCGUCUCCUAUAAUGGCCACUUCACGCCAAGGUAGCGUUACCGUUAUCGGUGAAGGCAAGCCCGCAGUGACGUCUGUCUUCGCCGAUCGAGGAGACAAUGUGGUGUUUGAGGAGGGAGCCACCAUUGACGACCAGACUUUGGGUGCCUUGGGAUACAAGCAAGAGUUCAAGCGCGACUUCACCAUCUGGGAGUCCUUUUCCGUCUCUUUUUCGGUUCUGGGCCUGCUCCCAUCCAUUGCUUCCACCAUUGGAUACAGCUUGGGCUAUUCGGGAACAGGAGGUGCCAUUUGGGGAUGGCUGAUUGCCGCUCUGAUCAUUCAAUCCACGGCUUUCACCAUGGCAGAGCUAUGCUCUAGCAUGCCCACUGCCGGUGGACUCUACUAUGCAUCCGCCGUGCUGGCUCCCGAAGGUUGGGGACCUCUGGCGUCGUGGUUUGUGGGUUGGUCCAACUUCUGCGGCUUUGUAACGGGGCCCUGCUCGGUCAACUAUGCUCUGGCGGCCAUGCUGGUGACAGCUGGGAGCAUCGCUUACCCAGACUAUACCCCUGAAACGUGGCACAUUUAUCUUACACUUUUGGGACUGUUGCUCCUCAACGGCAUUGUCACGAUGCAGUCAACCUGGUUCAUCGGCUGGGUCAACAAGAUUGGCACCAUUUUCAACAUCAUCGUCAUUUUCAUCUUCUUGAUCUGGUUUCCUGUCGGCUCCAUUAACCGGCCCAAGACGAACAACUCUCACGACGUAUGGACGACGUUCGAAAACGGGACCGAAUGGCCCAUCGGAUACGCGGUUAUCAUGGGUUUUCUAACGACAAUUUGGACCAUGUCGGGCUACGAUGCGCCGUUUCACCUCACGGAGGAGUCGGCCAACGCUAACAUUGCGGCGCCGCGGGCGAUUGUCAUGACCGCUCAAUCAGGGCUCUGGCUAGGGUGGGCCGUCAUCUUUGUGAUUGUUUAUACAGUCAAGGACAUUCCGGAUGUGGUGGCUGGGCAGUAUGGGCAACCCUUUGGCAGUCUAUGCCUUCAGGUGUUGGGCCAGAAGGCCGGACUAGCCAUGUUUUCUCUCAACAUCAUUGCGCAAUUCUUUGUGGGCGAAGGGUGCACCAUCACUGCGACUCGGGUGGUGUUUGCAUACUCACGAGACGGAGCGCUUCCAGGGUCCCGGUGGUGGAGUCAAGUCCAUCCACGGACCCGGACGCCAGUCUACGCCACCUGGGGUGUGUUGGGUGUAGCGGCACUGCUGGGUUUGUUGAUGUUUGCAAGUCCGGUGGCUAUUGGCGCGAUCUUUAGCAUUGGUGCCAUCGCGCAGUACACAUCAUUCACCACACCGGUUGCGCUCAAAUUAUUCUUUGACCACGGACGGUUCGUACCAGGACCAUGGCACCUGGGCCGAUUCUCUAAGCCACUGGGUGCGAUUGCACUUUGCUGGUGGUUAAUCAUUGUGCCCGCAUUGUGUUUCCCAGCCGUCAAAGGGUCCGACCUGAACGCGUUGACCAUGAAUUGGACAUGUCUGAUCUACGGGGGAUCCAUGUUCCUAGCAUUGAUGUGGUACGCAAUCAGUGCGAGAAAAUGGUUCAAAGGGCCUCGGAUCAACGUAGCUGUGAUUCAUGGAGAGACGAUUGUGAAGGAGAGUCAGUCGAGCGACGACGCGAUAGCCAAGAAAGAAGGCUAGGCGGAGUUGGGAGGUGAGUACUGAAGGAAGUUGCCGACCUCUGCUAUAGAUGUUGAUAUCGCGAUGGUCAUGGUCUUUGUCAGCGUGGAAUUAUACUUUACCAUUACUGAGAACAAGAAAAUCGGAGGUUUCGAAUCAACGCCUGAGGAGAUGCAUACGUUGCACCCAAGAGAUUAGAGUGGGCAUAUUCGUAGGCAUACGUGUCGAUCCUGCAAGUGUUUCAUUAGCGGAUGAUGCGAAUCCCAGUUAUCGAUUAUCUCGGCUAGGGCUUGGAUGUCUUGUCAUCUCUCAACGUAUGGAUUGAAGUCAGCAGGACGCUCUUUCAAGUUAUGAAGAUAGGGAGAUGGAUGCUGAUGAAGAAGUGAAUCGAGAGAAGAGAUGAUAAGGACAGAUUUGAGUCACGUGGUCUUACCAAUGAUUUCUCGUGGCAGCUGCGACUGCGACAGUCGUGGUCAUGGUUGAA